CUUUCAUUCAUGUGCGGACUGUGGAGGAGAGAUUACUCUUUACACAAUAAAGCGGUGACCUGCUUCAGAACUGUUUAUCAGUGGAAAUAGAGGGUGUAAACAUGGAGCCCAAAACUGUCAUGAAGGAGAAGUAUUUCAUCGUGACACGAGGGAAGUCGAGGAAAGGCUUCUGCCGGGGAUGCAUCGGCCGUGUGGAGGCAGAGACGCAGUGUGGGGAGCUGACGGGACUCCUGUACUCUGGUGGCAGCAACGUCGGGAGCCCCAAGAGCGGCGGCACGGUGCGGAGGGAGGACACGUACCCUCUGACCCGACACCAGGCCCAGCUCCUGCUCUUCGUCUCCUCUUUCAGCAAGCGUCUGGAGCUGCUGUGCAACCCCCAGCUGUUCUCAGCCAUCUGCGAGCUAACUCAGGACGACCUGGUGGUGGUGAAGCACAAGAAGGGACACCUGCCCGGCCUGGUGAAGAACCUGAUGCAGAUUGGGAGGAAGGAGAACAAAGAUGACCUCCAAAUGCUCGGCUUUGAGGUGGAAUUUGUGGACAGUGAUCACAACCAGUCAUCCAAGAAACCCACACCCCUGCCCUUGUUCAAUGCUGCAGACAUCAUUCAGGUGGUCCCGUCUUACUCGGUCCCCCUCGGACUGCACUGGAGAGACGGACAAUGUAAGGGUCUAAACACAAAAGCGGUGACACGCAUCAACUCCAUGCCAAACACAAGUUCCCGUGCACGCCUAGGGAGAGAGAGCCAUACGGAGCCCAGGGUCAUUCAGAACCAAAGCACGUCUCCUGCGCCUCUUGAGGUGGGGUCCAUGGUGGAGGUGAUGUCCAACUCUAAGAUCACAGUGUACGGAGUCGUCCAGUGGUUGGGAGUCCCUGCUGGAAAGACUGGUGACUGGGCUGGGAUCGAACUGGAAUAUGAGGUGAACGGCUGCUCUGAUGGGAAAUAUGGAGGCCAGAGAUAUUUCACCUGCAAAGCGAGCCGAGCUUUGUUUGUUCCUGUCACAAAGUGCAGCCCUGAUGCCAGAUUUCUCUACUCCUCUACAGGAAGUGGGACCUCAAAGCCCACUGAAAUACCUCCAGUUCCUCUAUUUGAGGACCCUGAGGAGGACGCACCACCUAUCCCUGAGUCAGAGGCCUUGUCUUUGUUAGAGGGAAGAAUGAAGGGGAUUCAGGGUCAUAUCAACUCCUGUUAUCUUGAUGCCACACUCUUCAGUUUGUUCAGCACGUCUGUGACCCUGGAUCAUAUCUGCAAGAAGCCUGCUGACACAGAGCAACCCAUAACCUGCACUCUGAGGAAAAUAGUCAACCGUUUACGCAGACAAGGAUUUGUGCCAACUGAGAGCGUCAUGAAUUUCCGCAAACAGCUCGGCUGCGACACAUUUCAAACAGAGGAAAAGGGUAUGCACCAUUAUCGAACAUGCAUUGAUUUCAAAUGUGUUUUAAUAGACCCUGAGGAGCUCAUCACAGUCCUCUUUCAGAAGGUGUUGAGCACGGAGCCACUUCUCAAGCUCAGAUCGAAGCGAGAAACAUGUCAGGGUGCCUACACCUUGCAGAUCUUUCUAGAAAAAGAGCAGAUGGGACAGAUGCCCACCGUCCAACAGCUGCUGGACACGUCCUGCCUGUCAGGUGACAUCAAGUUUGAUGAGGCACCGUACUGUCUCAUUGUUCAGAUGCCAAGGUUUGGAAACAAGUAUAAGAUGUUUUCUCACAUCAUCCCCUCCACUGAGCUGGAUAUCACAGAUAUUCUAUACAACUCUCCAAGAGAAUGCUUCGUCUGUGGACAUUUGGCAGAGUAUGAGUGUCUUCAGUGUCUACCAGAUCGCAAACUACAGCCAGGAAGAAUCAAACAGUUCUGCACUACCUGCAACACACAGGUGCACAGUCAUCCCACACGGCAGGGUCACUCCCCCAAACCUCUACAGGUUCCAGCAAAUGUCUCCCCUGACACUCCUGUGCCCAGACACAUGAUGCAGCUGUUUGCCGUGCUCUGCAUUAAAACCAGCCACUACGUGUCCUUUGUCAAAUACGGCCCUGACCCUCGCUCCUGGCUCUUCUUUGACAGCAUGGCAGACCGAUGCGGUGACGAUCAAAGUGGCUACAACAUUCCAGAGAUCCGAGCUUGUCCGGAGCUUGGCGACUUCCUGUCCCAGCCGGAGGAGGAGCUGGCUCGGGCCAACCCCUCCCAGACUCCUGAGCUGACGCGUAGGCUUCUGUGUGACUCCUAUAUGUUUUUAUACCAGAGCCCAGCCACGCCACUUUGAAUUCCAAACCAUCAGGAGCCUUAAACGCCCAUGAGGAUGAAGACACGCCGUUCUCACAACAGUGCCCCAAUAACCUUGCACCUCUACCUAAUCAGAGAGAUGUUCUGUUGGUUAAUACGUCCAAAUAGCAGGAACUGAAGUGGAUGUUUAAAACUAAAUGGAAAGAGACAAUAAU